GGCGCGAGUGCCACAUGCUGGAGCAGCUCGACCACCCCAACGUCAUCAAGGUGCUCGGCCACGGCACCGGCAGGGCGUCGACCGGGCAGCAGCACCUCUACUUCAUCUUUAUGGAGUGCGCGAGCGGCGGCGAGCUCUUCGACCAGGUGAUCGACCGCGGCGCCAACGCGAUGCCCGAGGAGGUCGCGCGCGGCUUCAUGCGCGGCCUGCUCGCCGGCGUGCAGCACUGCCACGAGCGCGGCAUCGCUCACCGCGACCUCAAGCUCGAGAACGUCCUCCUCACGCGGGAGGGGACGGUCAAGGUGAUCGACUUCGGGCUGUCGCACCAGUACCAGCGCGGCGCCGACGGCGCCUUCGACCGCUCCGCCCCCCUCACCGACAUGUGCGGCUCAAAGUCGUACGCCGCGCCCGAGGUGCUGAGCGGGCGCGGGUACGACGGCUUCGCGGCCGACGUGUGGAGCCUGGGCGUAUCGCUCUUCGCGAUGCUGUCGGGCUUCUUCCCGCUCGACGAGGCGACGAGCAAGGACUGGCGCUACACCAAGAUGGCCGAGGGCCAGCGGCGCGGCAAGUCGACCACCGCCCUCGUGUACGGCUGGUACAAGCGCUCGACGGCACACUUGAGUGGCGAGGUGGUGGCGCUGCUCGACUCGCUGCUGGCCAUCGACCCGGCGAAGCGGUGCACGCUGCCGGAGGUGCUCAAGCACCCGUGGAUGGUCGGCGCGCAGCCGAUGCAGCUCGGCGGGCCCGCCAAGCAGCCCUGGCUGCUCGAGGCGAACCAGGGCAGCUACAAUGCGCACGAGCUCGUCGGCGCGGACGCGGAGGGCCCGGUCUGGAGGUCGGCCAUCGUGACGGGGCCAGGGGUGCAGGACCUGCUCGACUAUGACGACGACGCGAUGGACGAGUGCCUGCCCGUCUACCGCUCGCUCGGCCUCUCGCCCACACAGCCGCUGCCCAUGCCCGCGCUCGGCCGCCAAAAGGCCAUGUCGCGCCUCGACGCCUAGUGCCCCUCUCGGGCCCGUACUCUUGUUGUCUCAUGCGUGUGCCGCCGGAGCGUGGCUCGGCCAGCCCCCCC